CUGUCAAGCCUGAAGACUUGAGUUCAGUCCUGGGAAUCUAGGUAAUAGAGGGAAAUAGAUGACUCCUGCAAGUUAUCCUCUGAUCUCCCACAUGCACACAUAAAUAAAUAUAAUAAUAGGUUUUUUCUUGAGCAUUCACUGUGGGGUAUAGGGAACAGGUGGCAAGGGACCUGGUCCUUAUGGUCUUUCAUAGUUCCUGGCCCAGGCAGAGGAUACAGGGACUCUGGCCAGCCUGAGAUUACAGGGACCAGGGGAGGGGGUGGAGGAUAUUACAGGCAGUGGUGGGCUGGGCUGGGAAUGCAGCAGGAGGUGGAGGGAGGCAGGGCUAUUUAAGCCUAGGCUGAGGGCUGGCUGGCUGGCAACCCCAGUAGCCUGUCCUGUGAGCUGCCUCCAGCAUGGAUGACAUCUACAAAGCCGCGGUAGAGCAGUUGACAGAAGAGCAGAAGAAUGAGUUCAAGGCUGCCUUUGAUAUCUUUGUCCUGGGUGCGGAGGAUGGCUGCAUCAGUACCAAGGAGCUGGGCAAGGUGAUGAGGAUGCUGGGCCAGAACCCCACCCCUGAGGAGCUGCAGGAGAUGAUCGAUGAAGUGGAUGAAGAUGGCAGCGGCACAGUGGACUUCGACGAGUUCCUUGUCAUGAUGGUUCGAUGCAUGAAGGAUGAUAGCAAAGGGAAGUCUGAGGAGGAGCUGUCGGAUCUCUUCCGCAUGUUUGACAAAAAUGCUGACGGCUACAUCGACUUGGAUGAGCUGAAGAUGAUGCUGCAGGCUACGGGCGAGACAAUUACAGAGGACGACAUUGAAGAGCUCAUGAAGGAUGGUGACAAGAACAAUGAUGGCCGAAUUGACUAUGAUGAGUUCCUGGAAUUCAUGAAGGGUGUGGAGUAGACGUUGACUUUGCACAGAGUUGCCCCCACGCCUGGCCUCCCUCUCCAGACAGACCCUGUGGUACCAGUACAACUGGAUUCUCUAGACUCUGAACCUGGUUGUGUCCUUUAACACCCCCCCCCCCCCAACCUAGACUC